UUGGAGGCGGACAGGGAAGCAUGGAGGGCAAUGCAGGUGGUGUGAUCGCUUACAUCAGCUCUUCAAGUUCGGCCUCAAGCCCUGCCUCAUGCCAUAGUGAGGGCUCUGAGAGCAGUUUCCAAUCCUCCUCCUCACCGGCACCACCAUCACCAAACAGUUCCUCAUCAGAAGGCAGUUGUAAUAACAAGAACGGGGAUAGCUGUGAUGGAACAUCCAAGAGUGAACCACUUGAUGAUCAUAUCAAAACAAGCCGAUCAAGUGUUAAUGGACUGACCAAAGGUCAUGCUGGACUUACAAAAUUUAAUGGUAUGGUCCUGCUCUGUAAGGUCUGUGGAGACGUUGCCUCAGGAUUCCAUUAUGGGGUCCAUGCCUGUGAAGGCUGCAAGGGUUUUUUCAGACGAAGCAUUCAGCAGAAUAUCCAAUACAAGAAGUGCCUGAAGAAUAACAACUGCUCCAUUAUGAGAAUGAAUCGAAAUAGGUGCCAGCAGUGCCGAUUCAAGAAAUGUUUGUCGGUCGGGAUGUCAAGAGAUGCGGUUCGUUUUGGCCGGAUUCCUAAACGUGAAAAGCAGAGGAUGCUGAUCGAAAUGCAGAGUGCUAUGAAGACCAUGAUGAACACUCAAUUCAGUGAUCACUUGCCCAGCGAAGGUGUAAAAGAUAGCGAAGAACCGUUGCUCCUUUUGCCUCAAGAAGAGCUGAACUCCAAAUCCCAGCAAGAACAGGAACGCCUCAGAAGGUCUUCUCCAGUACCCCCACUCCCUGCUCCGUCUAACAUCGCUAAGGAAGAAGUGAUUGGCAUGGUGACCAGAGCCCACAAGGAUACCUUCAUGUACAACCAGGAACAAUUAGGAAAUCUUCCCUCUGUUGAGCAGUCCCUGAAUGAGGACAGAAUUCUGAAGUACACUGAGCAAUAUAAUUCUAGUAGCGAACCUAAUAGUGGGGGGACAAACAGAGUCCUCUAUGGUGGGAGCGAGCAGCAUUUCAAUGGACAAUAUAAAGGACGGAACACUGUGCAUUAUCUUAAUGGGCGCAGCCUUUGCUUCUCCAGCGACCACUAUACAAAUCUGACUAAUGGCUUCACCAUCAAAGGUUACUAUAGGAUGCCUGAAAAUGGCUUUCAUCCAAAUGAGAGACUGAAUACCUACACGCGUGGGACUGGAGGAAGAAUGCAUCUGGUCUGCCCGAUGAAUAAGACUCCUGUAGUGGACCCAACUAAAUCUGGUCAUGAAAUCUGGGAAGAAUUUUCUAUGAGCUUUACCCCCGCAGUGAAGGAAGUGGUGGAGUUUGCCAAACGUGUUCCAGGCUUCAGAGACCUCUCCCAACACGACCAAGUAAACUUGCUAAAGGCUGGAACUUUUGAGGUUUUAAUGGUACGGUUUGCAUCUUUAUUCGAUGCAAAGGAGCGUACUGUCACUUUUCUUAGUGGGAGGAAAUACAGUUUGGAUGAUCUGCGUUCAAUGGGAGCUGGUGAUCUACUGAAUUCCAUGUUUGAGUUCAGCGAGAAGCUAAAUUAUCUGAAUCUUAGUGAUGAAGAAAUGAGCUUGUUUACUGCAGUGGUCCUUGUGUCUGCUGAUCGAUCAGGAAUAGAAAAUGUCAAUUCUGUGGAAGCGCUGCAGGAAACGCUAAUCCGUGCACUUAGGACCUUGGUAACAAAAAACCAUCCAAAUGAAGCCUCUAUUUUUACAAAACUGCUUUUGAAACUGCCUGACUUGCGUUCCUUAAACAACAUGCACUCUGAAGAACUUCUAGCCUUUAAAGUUCACCCGUAGGCUUUUACCUCUUUUUAU